AUGACAUUCCUUCGCCCCCUCCUCGCUCUUCUCGCCGCCACGAUCCUUGUGACCACGUCCGCCCAAAUGGACGGCGGAUACUCGAAGAAGGAAGUCACUUCAGAGGCCAUGGAGCUGCUCCAGAAGGCGCGGAGCAAUGUGAGUGCAUAUAAUAGCGACGUCACCUCGCGCAUCUGCUACCUGAAGGUCGACAGUCUCGAGACUCAAGUCGUCUCGGGCGAGAACUAUAAGUUCCACGUUACUGGUUGCAGCGUCAACUCGGACAACGAGCUUGGUGGCUGUACCUAUUGGAACUCCGUUCCGUUUGGCAGCACUUUGGACUUGUGA